AUGACCAACGAACAAAGCCCAUCUAUUUUGGAGCGCUACGCACAGACUACUCCGCUGUCAGCUUCCUGCCACAAUGUCCAAAAACGUUGCUUGUUCGCAGAUUGCACAAAGAUGUCCGUCAGUCGAGGACUCUGUCGUGGACAUGGCGGAGGUCGUCGAUGCCAUUUCGCGGGUGGAUGCACCAAAAGUGCCCAAAGUCGCAGCAUGUUCUGCUGGGCUCAUGGCGGCGGCCAACGCUGUGACGUCGACACGUGUAUGCGGUCACGGAGGUCGAAACACUAUUGCGUUGCUCACAUGCACCUCGAGACAGACGACUUUCGUCCCACUCCGUUCGGUAAAAGUUCUCGAGUACCGAGGACACGUCGGAGUCGCUUCGUUCCAGCUCCUAAUCAGAUGCGCCGACAGUCUUCUCCGCAAUUGCUGCCCAGUUUAGGUCAAGCUCUAAGUGCUGCGUCUCUCUCGCUUCCUACUUUCCCCAUUCUUCCUCAAGGUCGUACACAUGAAUAA